AUGGGCCAGCACCUCAGCACCGGGCGCGAGAGCGACGUCUCCGCGGGGGACGCGGCGGAGGGCCCUCCCUCCUCCACGCUGUCCGCCGCCUUCCCCGCCGCGUCCCCGUCCUCCGCCUCCUACUCCGUCACCUCUAACGCCGCUGACAGCAGCGCCAAUGGCCCGAGCCUCCUGUCCGCCCAGCGCCCCACGCUCGAGCCCCACAAGGUCGACACCGUGCAGCAGGACGAGCGCGAGGGCUCCGUGCGCCUCGGCGACGUCGUGCGCGACACGCUCGGCUCCUCGUCGGGCGCGCACGACCAGGAGCCGUCCGCACACCAGCUGCAGCCGCUGGAGCUGCAGAGCGACGACGAAGACGGCGGCUUCCCGCGCGUAUCGUCCGUGGACUCGUUCCCGUCGCCGCCGUGCAACGUCAAGACGGACGACGCGCACCCGCUCAAGCGCCGCAGCUCCAUGUCGCGCACGCCGGCGCCGCCCAAGCUGUCGCGCUUCCGGCCGUCCAUGGACAUCGUCCAGUCGCCCAAGUCCCCGCAGUCCGGCUACCUGUCGAGCUCGGACUCGCGCUCCGUGGACUCGAGCUCCAGCUCGUCCGACGAGGACCUCGUGGGCAGCGGCGAGGAGCUCGUGAGCGACUGGCUGGACGAACCCGAGGACGCCGUGCUGUCGCCGCCCUCCAUCCCCAAACGCGCGCGCCACGCCAGCGCCUGCUCCUCCGUGUCGUCCCAUACAGGGAACAGCGUGUCGUUCUCGGCCAUGCACAGCAGCGGAGGCCGCAACAGCAACAGCAGCCAGCACAGCAUGACGGGGUGGGCGUCGUGGCUCAGCUCUCCAGACGACGUCGAGGAAGAGGAGGACGCGGACGAUGAGCCCGUGGCUCUGACGCCCUUCUUGCGCGAUAACAUGCCCGUUCAGAUGCAGCAGGAGCAGGUGGUGCGCGCGCUCAAGCCGUGCAAGUUCUCGGACGGUGAGGUUAUCGUGGCCCAGGGAACGCGUGGCUCGCGGUUCUAUAUGAUUGCCAAGGGAGAGGCUGUUGUGACCAAGAAGGUUGUCGCGAGCAGCAACAGCAUGACUGGAUCGACUCCCACAGGCGCGGGGCAGACGCAGGAGCGCAUGAUCACACACUUGCGAGCGGGUCACUACUUCGGCGAGCUGGCACUUAUCUACGAUGACCCGCGUACAGCCACUGUGCGCGCUGUUGGCGACGUUGAGCUCCUGUACUUGACACAGGAGGAUUUUCAGCACAUCGGCCAAGUCCACCUGAGUCUGAUGCUGCAGCAGGUGCCGUUGCUCGCGAGACUGAGUGCGCAGGACCAGGACAUCGUGCUCAAGUGCUUGCGGCCAGCAAACUUCAGUGAUGGCGAGUACAUUGUCCACCAGGGAGACGAAGGCACGCGGUUCUACAUGAUCACGCGUGGCGAGGCUAUUGUGUCGGAGAAGGCUGUGGGGCCUGACAAGAAACCGUAUGAAAAGGAAUUGACGCGGCUGUACGAGGGCCACGUUUUCGGCGAGAUGUCGCUCAUCUACAGCGAGCCUCGUACGGCUUCGGUGCGAGCGGUGGGCCCAGUCAAGUGCCUGUACCUGAGUAAGGAGGACUUUGACAAAUGUCUCCUUUCCGACCACUUCCAACGGUUUAUUCAGGAAGCCUACGUGGAAAAGGCUACGCGGCGUGCCAUGCGACUGCGUCUGCAGCAGCGUGCUAAUAGUGCCGCAUCCAAUGCCCCCACGCCACAGGCCGAAGGUUCCGGAGCGAACAGUUCGUCAGGUUCUAUUGUGGCGCCGCCUCCAGCUCCCAUAUCACCCGUGAAAGCGACAGAAACCAAGAAGCUGUUGCUACCGGCCUUGCUGGGGCUGGUGGAACGCUUCCAUCGGUCCUGGAAGGACAUGGUGGCGAUGUAUGUGGCGGAGGCUCAGGACGAUUGGGAUCAGUGGCUGCACUGUUCAGCGUACGCGUACAACGGGGCGAGACACUCGGGCACAGGCUACAGCCCGAAUGAGCUCAUGAUGGGAAGGAAGCUGCGCGCGCCGAGCGAGCUGCUUCGCAGCAGCGGCGUCACGCAGACCGGGCCGUUUGCGGUGUACUACCGCAAGCUGGUCGACAACAUGGCAAGGGUGCUUAGCCUGUAG